CAUUCGGCGGUAUUUUGCGUGCUCUAUUCAUUUCUUUAACAGUGUCUAAAUAUGUAGUAAAGUUUUUAUUAAUAAUAUAAAAGGUUUUUUAAUUUUUUUAAAAUUGUUUUAAUACAAUUUGAUGAACGUUUAAUAAGAGUCUUUAUUUCUUUUAAAAUAAUCGUGUGCAUUUAAAUAUAAAUGUAUCUAUAAAAAUACCAAUUUUUUGUAUACGUACGCAAACGCCUCUCAAAAAAAAGAAUAUUUAUAAAUAAACAGAUGUGCUUACUUGCACCCUUACUAGUGUCAAAAUAUAAUAAUUAAAUCUGUACUCACAUAUGAAAAUAAGCAAUGUGAAAAUAUGUGAUGUGCUUCAAGUAACUUCAACUGAAAUUUGUUUGUUGUGGUUUGGCGUGUUAAAAAACAAUAAAUACGUUAAAAUUCACACUCUAAUAAUAUAGAAAAGUCUAUACUAACUUACGGCUAUUUCCAAACUUAUUGUGUCAACAUAACAUGGAAUUGCAAGGAAAAUCUGAGGAUCCAACGAAGUACCUAACAACCUUAAGAAGCCCUGUGUCUGCCAUAAAAAAAAGGUCAGGACCUUUGGAUGACGCUCUUGACAAGCUGAACAAUUGUCUCCCUGUAUCACAAAUAUCGUCAUUGGAGCCACACUCUUCAGAUGAUGUUAAUACUCGCAAGCCAACUAAUUUUGUGAAUAACCAAUCUGGAGGAGUUUCUUUUGGUAGUAGACUACGUCGCUGUAGCACAAAAGACAAGGAAAGAAAACGAGAGCGCUGGCUUUUAACUCGAAAAACCUGGAGAUAUAUGAAAGAUGCAGGCCGUAAGCUUGUUACCGACGGAUCUCAGCCAGGGUCAGAUAAUAUUGACUUCAUAGAAGAGCAAUUUCAACGUGUCUGCUUAUCUGAACCAAGUUUUAUUUUAUGGAGUCGACGAACCUCAUACCCAGGAGCAAUUAGCAGUUCUAAGCGGAGAUUGAAACUGCUGUCGAGGCACACAAGUGCUAGACGCACUGAAAAUAAAGUUGAGUCAACCAAUAGUUAUUACAAUGAAGUUAGAACCCUUGAAUUAUUGCAGACAUAUCUUGAGCUUCGCGAUGUAUACAAAACAACAACUCUACUUGGCACUAAAACGGUUCGACCUGACCAAACAUCUUCACCCAGUGCCCAAAGACCAACUUUUAAAAACAAGAAUGACAAAGAGACUAUAAUAUCCUUAAACGUAACUCUUAAAGCAGAGCUCGUUUCCCGUCUAAAACUUUUAUCUAAAUCUUUUAUGUUUGGACAAGAGGGAAUUCAUUUGGAAUUUAGUGAUGUAUCCGAAAUCAUUCUUGAUGACAAAGUACUUUUAAAAAAAAUCUACAGUACACUUAAGAAACAACAGCUUCAUCGGAUCCUACAUUCCAAGGAACCAUCAAAAAACAAUGCUAAUCGGUCGACUUCACUGUCUAACUUGUCAAAAAUUGGUAACUAUGAUAGUAUAACUAGCAAUCAAUUUGAUAACCGUAAUAGCAAACAAUGUCUUAAACAAAGUGAAUCCAGUAAAAUUUUGGGAAGCACGAAAAAUUCACUUUACUUAGAUCUUCACAAAAUUCAGCAGAGCUCCGAGUUUCCAAAGCAAAACCUUCUAAAAGGAACAAAAAUUGAAAAAAGCUUAAAAACAUGUGGAACUCAAACUAGUUUUAUUCAGCUUAGCGAACUAAAAAGUUUGGCGGCACAGUACAAGUUAAUGAUUGGAAGUUGCGAUAAUAAUUUACAACAUUUAGAAGAAUUAGACAAGCAGGAUGGAUACGACGCAUCGAGCUUAAGUUGUAGGAAAAGUUCGAUUGAUGAAGAUAUUUCACAGUCAGUAAGCGAUACAAUCAAACGUUAUUUGAAAAUGGCGAGAAAGAAGAGUGUACAAGAUUCUGAAUCAAAUCGAUUUAAGUCAAUUAACUAUGAUAAAAAUCUUAGAAAUAUAAAGGCAAAGGGCGAAAUAAAUCCACCUGGAAUGAAUGAAGGAUUAAAUAAAGCUGUACAAACGUUAAAUGCUUGGGCCCUUAUAGCUUUGGAUUUUAUUAAGGGAAACGAAUGUUCCAGUAAUCUGCAAAACGCUCAUUUAGAAUGGACGAUGUCUGAGGAUCUGCGAGUCCAGAAAAAGUUAGAGUGGGAAAAAAGUCGGUCAACAUUUAAUGAUGAACUGCACUCUUCACAAAUCAUCAGUCGUGAAAACAACUCACCUUAUUUAACGUGCACAUCUGCACCUACGUCACCAACCAGUCAUUCAAAGUUGGGAAAAGCUAUAAGAACUUCAAGCGGAUUGCUCUCAUCAAGCUCUCAAUUUAUAUCGAACAUUUUGCACGGGCAUAACAAUGCAGGAUUCCAUAUUAACACAUUAAUAGAAAAAUGUCCGGAUAUAAGUCAAAAAAAUGUAACUGCAAAUAUGCAAAAGUCAAAAUCAUUAUCUAACGUGGGACAAUUUGUUACUAAAAAAAUAUGGCGAGGUCGUUCCAAAAGCCAAAAUAGGCAAAAUAUAUCUAAUGAUACUACACCUUUACCUGCUCUAAAAUGGUAUCCAUCGGAACAUUUUGUAUGGAUUUCAGAGUCUGGCGAGAGAUUUAAAAUUUCGGAAACUUUACUGAUAAAUUUGUCUAAAACAGAAUCAGACUUAGUGCAAGAGUUUGCCCUGGAAAAAAUAAAGGAAUUUAAUUUUGGAAAUAUUGAAGAUUUAAAGAUUACUUCACACAAACGACAAAUCGUCCCUAAAAAAAAAUCGUUGACCACGAGCUUUUUUGAUAUUGGAAGGAAAGAUGCUCAGAAUGGUCGCAUAGUAUUGUUUGGAACUUCGCUGGAAAGUUGCUUAGCGAGAGGCAGAAACCAAAACAAUGAUAUAGAGAACCGAUCAAAAUAUUCACUAAUGUCAGUAUUUCGGGGGAGUGAUAGUAACCCAGGAAGUGUUAUGAAGCUAAAUGACCAUGUGAGGUCAUGCGAAAGUUUACCAUCUAAGUGCAUGGACACGACUGAAUGUUUUGGCGAGUCUUUCACAAACUCUGAGCUAAGGUUUGAUAAGACUUAUCAAGAUAAAUCACAACUAAUGGUACCAAUGUUCGUAAAGAACUGUAUCGAAUAUUUGGAAGAGAAUGGCUUACAAAAGGUUGGUCUCUUUCGAGUGAGUACAUCCAAAAAACGAGUCAAGCAAUUGCGUGAUGAAUUCGAUAAGGACUGUCAUAUGAAGAUUUCUGUUGAUACAUGCCCGCAUGAUGUUGCCACCCUGCUUAAAGAAUAUUUACGGGACCUUCCAGAACCACUGCUUUGCGACAGACUCUACUUAACCUUUUUAAAAACACAACGUAUAAGAAAUCGACGCUUGCAACUUGAGGCUAUAUCACAUUUGAUAAGACUACUUCCCAUACCACACAGAGACACCUUGUAUGCUCUUCUAAUAUUUUUGACAAAAGUAGCAGCCCAUAGCGAUGAUUUAUGCAAUACUGACGGGAAUUGUCUUAUGAUUGGAAAUAAAAUGGAUAGCAAUAACCUAGCAACAGUUUUUGCUCCAAAUAUUUUGCGAAGCACACUUUUAACAUUUCCAAGGAAUAAAGAACAGGAAUAUAUGAGUGAUGCAAUUAAUGUCGUAAGGACUAUGAUCGAUCAUUAUGAAGAAAUUUUUAAGAUCUCAGCAGAAUUGCUUAACAUUAUUUAUACACAAGUGCUGGAAUCAUGUCCCGAAAAGUUAUACGAGAUAAUUACAUCAAAAAUAAAUGGAUCUGAAUGGAAUCUUCAUCAAAUAGAAGAACCACAACCAAGCCAAUCCAGCAGUUCAUCCGAUAUCGUCCUCGAAAAUGUGAUACAAGGCAAUUGGUGUGACCACAUCGAUAAUUUGAAUAACAUUGACUUGGAAAAACGGCAAGAAGAGACUAAAGGUCCCAACAAAUGCUCUCAAAUUAAUACCUACACUACCAAAAGAAGCCAAAAAAAAAACAUGGAUGUUUUAACAGCCAGUUUUAAAAUUUCUGUGCCCGAAAAAACUCAUAAAGAAUCUUUAGAAAAUAUAGAAAAUAAAACGACGUGUCAAAAACUUUCUGGACCCAUGCUACCAGCCACCGCUGAGGUUGCUACACUAGAUAGAAACGUGGUUGAACUUGGAAAAAAACCUAUAGCACCUACAUCGAACUAUCUAAAUGACAACAACCAAGCAGGAAUUCGGAAAAAAACUUACAAACGGCAGCACUUAAUAUCUAGCUCAAGACGAAUAAACCAAGGACCAUAAAUAAUCAUUUUUAUAUAUUUUAUAAAAGUGUUAACUAAACCAGAAUCGCCAAAAAAUAUAAAUAAUAAUAAUCCGACCUUCUGUUAUUUUUUAAGAACUUGACUAUCGAGUUUAAGUAUUUUCGUUUAUCAGAGUCACAUUAAGAAUACCAGCUAUGGACAAUUAGAUGUCAACUUAAUUGAAACUUAAUCUGAAAAAAUUUCGUGUUUGUAAACUACCAACGCCUAAUAAUGCAACGAUUUUUAAAUGAACCAAUCAACAGCCUCUACCAAUCUUCCGCCUCUAUUAACCUCGACAAACCGAAUCAAAAAAAUAUAGAAAACACGGAUUCUACAUCAUCUUUUUCUAGAGGCUCUUCUCUGGUCAGCUUUUAACCAUCCUGAAAUAGUUUAUUUAUUACUGCUUCAGUCCAAUUGAAUUAACCUUUUUGGCGUAUGUGUUCGUUGUUGGUAAGCUUCUAUCCUCUUCAAUAAUAUAGUAUUAUAAUCUGCGAUGAUCUUGUCCCGUUCGUCUGUCUCACUAAUCUUUAUGCUAAGGUUCAAAUCUUCGUCUUUUAUAGUUUCCGAGAUCUCGACGUUCAUACGGACGGACGGACAGUCAUGGCUUAAUGGGCUCGGCUAUUCAUUCUAAUCAAAAAUAUAAAUAUACUUUAUAGAGCUGCAAACGCUUCCUUCUACCUGUUACAUACCUUCCAACGAAUACAAUAUACUCUUUUAUUCUACGAAUUACGGGUAUAAUAAUGUGUGUUACAACGGAAUACUUUAUAGAAUAACUUUACAUUAAAAUCAAAUUCGUCGAAUUCAUUAAGAGAAAUAGAAAGACAAUUUCUUGAAAACAAAUAUUCUUCUCUGUUAUUAAACUCUGAAUCGUUACAGUAUGUUUUGGCUUAUUGCUCCAGUAAUCAAGUAAAUUAAUUUU